AUGACUAUCGUCGAGCUUAUCUACAUACUGUUUUUAAUCUACAAUGCUGAUAUUGUUGCUGGGAGAACGCGUGAAGAUUUCGACAGAUUAGAAACACUGCAGGCCGAUGAUAAUAUAUUAGAUGAUAUUUUGAAAAAUGAGCCUAGUUUAGGCACAGUUGUUGUGAAUACUCAAGUAUUUACAAUGUUCAAUUAUCAAGGUAGUCAGAUUUACGUCUAUAAUGCACUGACAAAUGAAAACGAAAAUCUUCUCACGCCUCAGAAGUGGAUCUUCUAUUUUGUACCAAUUAUGCUACCAGCAAUAACAAAUGACUUAGAUACUGAAUGGGUCUUCACAGUCAGAAAUGAAAUUAGAAUCAAUUUGAUGCUGAGUAAUGAAGAUGUUCAAGAAUUGGCAAGAAGAGCAAUUAUCAAGAAAUAUGAUUUGACCAUUUCUCAGUAUUCAAAAUUUUGGGACGUUGCUCCAUUGAUGAUCGACUCAUUGAUGGCUUACAUUGUUCGUGGAACAAAUUUACCUGUUCAAGGUGUACAUCCUUACAAAGCUAUACAUCCAAAUCAGUUGACUAUGCAAUUUCGUUUUUACUGUUCUUCGGAAGAACAUGCAAAAGAAAUCGUACAAAAGAUUAUCGAUGAUACUUAUGAAAUUGAAGUGGCAUUUUACUUUUCCGGUUUCAGACAAGUUACAACAAAUCUUAUAUCGAUUACCAGUGAUCAGUUGAAGAGUGUACUCAGCAAAACGAUUGCCGAUGGAGGAAAUAAUAAUGCUCAAUACAUUCAUCGAAAUCAAGGAUCAACAUUUGUCAGCAAAUAUGUGACGAAUGUAAAGAAAAUGAUUUACAUGGAGAAUUCAAACGCAAAUAUCUCAAUUUUAUCUGCCGGUCUAGAAGACCAAUUCAUUUCAUUAUUACAACAAGGGAUGGCUUUUUCGGAGGAACAAAAAAUAAAUGUCAAACUGUAUGAUCAGGUUUGGUCAGCUUCAGAUUUGAAUCCUGACCGAAUGACCAGUGAACUCAAGAAACUGUUUACUUACAAUAAAACUGAAACAGAACGUCACAACUUUUCAGAUAACUAUUUUGAUUUUAACCAGGCAUAUGCACAAUCAUCGUCUAGUUCAGGAGGUGGCAGCCUGAGUAUUUUCGGCAUCGGCUCUAUUGGUGGGAGUGGUGCGUCGUCGGAUUCAUCGUCAAACCAUCUGUUAACAACGACGCAGUCAAUAUUUUCACAAACAGAAAUUCAACAUUUCCUUACUCAGCAAUCAAUUGAAACCGCAUGGACUGGUGAAAAAUUCAUUCCUAAAUCGUUCUAUGUUUACAGACUCACCGAUAUUACUGAUCGACUUCAAGUUGCAAUCAUAGCGAAACAACUCAUAGCCGAGAAAGCAAAUGGUGCUAUUGUUCGUACAGUCAAUACCAGAGUGACAGCAUCCGUAGUAUCGAAUAGAUAUUCCUGGCCACUCAUAGGUGAGAUUAAACUGUAUUCUGGCAAUGAAUCUUUUCUACCACGUCCUUGGGUAUUCUGUCAUGGACAAGCUCUCUCUCGUAUCGAAUAUCAGCGUUUAUUUUCUGUGAUUGGUGAGAAAUAUGGAGCGGGGGACAGAAAAACGACUUUCAAUGUGCCAGAUUUUCGUGGCCGCUUCCCUUUGGGUCUCAAUAUGACACAAAGUCAUAAAAUCACUAUAAACAGAGGAGGGAGUGCAACACAAAUCCUCACAACCAAUCAAAUGCCUACUCAUCUACACAAUGAGGGCACAUUAUACACUGUGAAUGCAGGUAGCCAUGGUCAUACAGUUAACGAUCCAGGACAUAACCAUGGCGGCAAAACGGAUACGAGGAGAGGUGGUGCUGGUGGGUGGAAUCUAAAAGCUAAUGGAAAUGGUCAGUUUGAUGACUGGGCAACACAUGAGCAUGUUAUUCCAGUUGGUACAACUGGAAUUUGGCUUUCGAAUAAUGGUAAUCACUCUCAUUUAAUUAGGGGUUCGACAGCUUCAACGGGAGGCGGGCAACCGUUCAGCAUAAUGCCACCUUAUGAAAGCAUUGAUUAUAUCAUUUUUACUGGUGAUUAUUGA